UGACGUCGUGCUCACGACUGAAUCCUUUGAGACUAUUGACCCGGCAGCUAUGGCAUCGUGCUCAUGACUGAAUCGUCUCGCCACCACUCCGUCCCCGUCAAGACCUGAUCAAACUAGCAAGCCCAGUUGCAGUAACCUAAACCUUCUUGCACUCCAACCAGCUCAUUAGUUUAAUUUGGCGCGCCGUACGCCCGGCGACCCAGCUCCGCGCGGGGAUUUAAACGCUCGCGCAGGCGGGGCGAGCAGCAGACACGCGCUGGCCGGCACAGCUCUGCAACGCGCGCGGGCACGCAGCUGCGCGCCACCGUGCCGUGCCGUGCCGUGUGUGUCUCCGAGUUCCGUUCGCCAUGGGGUGCCGGCGGCUGUCGUGCUUCGUCGCUCUCCUCCUCGUCGCGGCGGCGCCGGCCGCGGCGCGGGAGUACGCGGCCAUCUUCAAUUUCGGGGACUCCCUGGUGGACGCCGGCAACCUCGUUGUGGACGGCAUCCCGGACUACCUCGCCACGGCGCGCCUGCCCUACGGCAUGACCUACUUCGGAUACCCCACCGGGCGGUGCUCCGACGGCCGCCUCGUCGUCGACUUCAUCGCCCAGGAGCUCGGGCUGCCUCUGCUGCCGCCGUCCAAGGCGAAGAACGCGACGUUCCACCGCGGCGCCAACUUCGCCAUCACGGGCGCCACGUCGCUGGACACGCCCUUCUUCGUGGCGCGCGGCCUCGGGAAGACGGUCUGGAACUCGGGCUCCCUGCACACCCAGAUCAAGUGGUUCCAGGACAUGAAGCCCAAGAUCUGCAGCUCCCCGGAAGAGUGCCGUGAGCUGUUCCGGCGGUCGCUGUUCAUCGUGGGCGAGUUCGGCGGCAACGACUACAACUCGCCGCUGUUCGCGUUCCGGCCGCUGUCGGAGGCGCACGACUUCGUCCCGCACGUCGUGGACUCCAUCGGCGAGGGCGUGGAGAAGCUCAUCGCGGAGGGCGCCGUGGAGCUGGUGGUCCCGGGGGUCCUCCCCAUCGGCUGCUUCCCCGUGUACCUGUCCAUCUUCCGGAAGCAGCCGGAGGGGUACGGCGGGCGGAGCGGGUGCAUCAAGGAGAUGAACACGCUGUCGUGGGUGCACAACGCGGCGCUGCAGCGCAAGAUCGCGGAGCUCCGGGCCAAGCACCCCGGCGUGCGCAUCAUGUACGCCGACUACUACACGCCGGCCAUCCAGUUCGUCCUCCACGCCGAGAAAUACGGGUUCCUGAAGCAGACGCCGCGCGCGUGCUGCGGGGCGCCGGGCGUGGGCGAGUACAACUUCAACCUGACGGCCAAGUGCGGCGACCCGGGGGCGUACGCCUGCGACGACCCCUCCAACCACUGGAGCUGGGACGGCAUCCACCUCACCGAGGCUUCCUACGGCCACAUCGCCAAGGGAUGGCUCUACGGGCCCUUCGCCGACCCGCCCAUCCUCGACAACAAGCACCUCGGCUAACCUCCGGCCGGCAAGUACAGAGCUGUCUGCACGCCGGGAACGGGACAGGGCACGCACGCCUGCAAAAUUCAUGAUCGCUGUAGAGGAAAGGAACGGAGACGACAAGGACAAAUAAGGAUGGCCCUCUGUUCAGAUUAAUUGGUUUAGAUUCUGUUGUUUCUUUGCGUUGUUUUGGUCGGUAUACAUGCAUACAUCUGCUCGGUGUGUGAUUUUUUCCCUGUUGAUAUUACUGUAGCUUUUGCGUAGCCUGUGUGCUGCUUCUCAUAGUCAAGAAAAUCGAGCAGGAAGGGGAUCGGGCGCAAUUUUGUUGCUUGCUUUU